CAAAUAGAGAGAGAGAGAGAGAGAGAGAGAGAGAGAGAGAGAGAGAGAGACUGGAACUCAAUUCCACACAGUCAAACCUACACUGGCUCAGAAAGACGGUCUCUCCUGCAGCAGAACACACACACUGCUGGCUGUGGAUUCUCCAUCUUAUUCCAUACAUCUGUAGGCCAUUUUGCCGGAGAAUCAGACAAACCCGCCUCAGGGAGCAGAGGAGAAUGGAGAACAACAUGUGACCGAUCUGUGCGCCACUGUCGACAGCAUGCUUCGCCUCCUCCGGACCUUGGCUUUCUGCUUCUGGUGUUUUUUGCUACUUCACAGGCAGGCUGUGGCUGAUGAAGAAGCCCUCUGGGGACCAACGCCAUCAAGAGAAAGCCCAUCUGAAAAGAAACAAAGCUCUUCCUGGUUGACCCCAUAUCUGCAAAAGCUCCCUGCCAUACCCUUCCGUAUCCCCUUUUAUGGGAGCUCGAACAGCAACAACGAGGAUGCUGCGUUGACCACAACCGCCAAAGGGCUGACAGAACCAAUCGAUCACCUGCAAGACCACUCAGGUUCAGGGGAAGGGAGCAUUUCUGAAGCCUCUGAAUCACCCACCACUUCGGCUCAGGGGCUCCUAACCAGCGUGACAAAGAUAAGAACAGAAUCACUUCCCACAGGGACAUCAGAUUCUCCACACAGCAGCAUAACACAGAGCGACAAUGACACUCUUGUUUCAGACUCCUACUCUCCCACAAGCAGUUUUAUCAGAAACACUCUGUUCACCAACAGUCCCACCAGCACAAGCACUCCUGAACAAAAUGCAAAACAUACCAACCCACCGAGGGGCACGGCACGAGCGGCCGGACCCAGCAUUGGCACCCCUACACAACACCUCCCAGGGGAACACACUGAUAAAAAGGAGGCUGAAGAUUUCACAGAAAAGAUCUCUUUGACGAUAGCACCAGAAACUACAGUUCCCACUGCCUUGACAUGGGCAGCAGCCCAAAUCACAACAACCCCAGGACUUGUGGAGGCCACACUGACCAGCAGACACCCUCUGGGGCCUGUAACUCCACCUACGUCCUCAGAAACCAUGUUUGCCAGAAAACCACAACACUCUACUGUCAGUGUUACCCUCCAUGCUGGAGAGGCCACAAUGACAGAAACUCACCCCACUCAGAGUAAGGCUGACCUGGGCUUCUCUGAGGCCAGGUCAAUGCCCGGGGAGGAACAGCUGGGGGUAAUCACCACUGCCAUGGGGAUCAAUCACAAACUAGUGACGGAAUCCAUAACUAGCACAACUCAGAGCCAAAGGGUUAACUUCUCAAUAGCAGGAGAGCCGCCAGGCAAAGAGGAUAAGGAGGAUGAGGAAGGUGUGGUUCCUUCAGCUGACUGGGAUGGUGACACCAGGUUGGCAGACAAUUCCACACCAUCCGCUAAGCUGCUAACAACGUCCACACCACAGAGCACAGAAACUCCCCAUAUUCCUCUGUACACUGAAGACUGGAUGUCCAACCCGGUGGACAGCAACGCCACCUUCCUUCCAGACUGCAAUAAAGAGCGCUCCGGGAUCUGCAACCUCUCCGACACCUGGGACGCAACAACCUCCUCGGACGUCAAGCCCACACAAAAUAUCACUGCCACAAACCAAUCAGUCAACCCUCUCCUGAUCCCAGCUCCACUCAUGUUGGUGCCGCUGUACACCGACUGGAACAGCGCCAUGGCAGCUUGGGGACUGGCCUGGGAGGCGCAUGUAUACGGUGCUGGUUGCGUUUUUGCGAUGCUCACGCUAGCAUCAACGCUUAAUCUGCUCUGCUUGCCACUACGAUGCCCAUCCGGAUGUGGAUACUUUGCCCUGGUCAGCCUGUUUCUACUAGCUGCUGGUUGCACCAGAUCUUUCUCCCUCCUGUACGAUGCCUAUGGCCACCAGGACCGCUUGCCCUCCACAGAGGCCUCACUGAUACUCUACGAAGCACCGUUUCCCUGCUUGACUGCAGCUUUCGGCCUGGUUUUCCUUCUCCUCUCAAUGCGCUCAAGAAUGCAGCUCUCCUACUCAGCUUUCCAGAGACCCUGUUUCCUUGCCUGCCUGGUUGUCCUGCACUUUGGUGCCGCAUUCGGACCGGUGACAUUACUGAAGUUCUACCAGCAAAAGCCUCCCCUUUGCCUCUUUCUUUCACUCAUCUCCCGUGGAGCCUUUGUAGCACUGGCCACAUUUCUGUCUGCUGCCUAUUUUGUGUUCUACAUCUACGUGCGGGCAGAUUCGAAGCACAUUUACCACCUGAAUAACACAUCUCCAACACCUGCUGAGCGCUACAACCGAUGCCCCUUUGCUGAGAGCCGGGACUGGAACCGUGCAGCUGUAACCGUCUGUAUUUCAGCAUUGUUUUGUUUAGCAUGUGCAGGACUGCAGUUAUAUGCAAUGCUCAAUGCUAUGGGUGUUGCAGGUGGAGAGGAGGUCUUCCACCCUUGGCCCUGGUGGGCUUUUCAGUUUAGCUGCAGACUGUGUGAGCUCGGGGUUUGUCUCACCUUAGCCUUGGUGGUCGCACAACCAGUCUACUGUUCUGACCACCUACCAGCUGCAGGGAGCUGCUGGACUGAACUGUUGGCAUCCAAGUCACCCAUCCUGCCUGGGAGCUACCAGUGGUCCCUGAGCCAGCAGGAGAAGCUUGCAAUUGUUGAUACCAUUGGGCUUGGAGAGACAGAGAGCCUUCCUCUUUACACUCUGGUGGAUGACAGGCUUGGCAGCAGUCUGAACGGCCUGGACCUCCUCUACCACAGCAACCGGGCCUUGGCAUACAGAGACCUGGACUUGGAUUUGGACUUACAUGGUUCAGGAAUUCCUGAGGAUGGAGGAGCCAGAGAGCCCUCAGGUGGAUCCUCGUUUACCAGUGACUCCACCACAGACCUGCGGCCACCUUCGCCCAUCAACCUGCGUCGCAGCAUAGACGAAGCACUCUUCAGCGAGGCACUCUUUCCCAUGAGCCUCUUUAGCCCUGCUAGGCCUUUUCGCUGCAGUGAUCUAUCCAUUAACAACCACUGUGCAUUUCCAAGCAAUGGCCUCUGUGAUCCUCUCUCAAUGGACCCUGGCCUUUAUCGGACCUCUUCCUGCGUGGAGAUGGCCUCUCAACCCCAGCUGUCUUGUGCCCAAACCCAAGGAGACACUAUUGUAGGUGCUCCACCAUCUCCCUCCCUGUCCUCUUCCUCCAGCUGUUCAUCUCGUGAACGUUGGAGGGGCAGCUCUUCCUCCUGUUCCCUCUACCGAGAAUCUUUCGGAGGUUCGUCACUGGUCCUCUGCCCGAGCCCAGAGAGACAUGCGCAGCAGCUUCUCCAGCAAGGGGGUAUGGGCCAUGUGGCAUCCUCUGGCCACCAGGGCCAUGCUGACCCACAGAGGCAGUAUCAAACACUGGGCGCAGCCUCACAGGAGAGCCUGGACAUGUCGUCUGAGGCAGACCGAUCCGUGCAGGAGGAGUUCAUCAGUGUUUGCAGACAAAUCGAUGCUUUGAGCAUCUGCAGCGAGACUAUUGAUUUAUAAAGGGCAGUCUGGUCAAACAAGGGUUACACAGAGGACUUAUUAAGAAGGAUGUCAGAAGGGGGACUAUCAAGGAUUUGUACAGGCUAUUUGAUAGUGCAUGGUAGCUUUUGCAUACACCAUGAAAGACAUAGCUGCCCAAAUAGCUUUUGGAGCUUUGUUAUGUGGUCAUUAGUGAGGGUCUAUGUGCCAAGAAUGUCAAAAGCCAAAUGGUAAUUUGUAACUUUUACAUGUUUGAUAAAGGCUGGUGAAGUUUGAUAGACAAAAGAAUAGUAACAUUUUACUGAGUGGAGAUAACAAGAAUUUGUACAAAUGUUUUUAUUGCAUUCCAACAUUCCAAUAGAUAGUACUGUGACUAAAGUUAAGCACUUAUUAAAUACUACUGAGGUCUUAUGCUUUCAAAUUCAGCAGAAUAUCAGUGUCAUUAAAUCUCAUGUUGAAUAAAUGAGAUUAAAAUUAAGUUUGUCAAACUAUAAACUCACCAUACCAAUAUGCAACACAUCUUACUUGCAGUUCUGGUGCAAAAGUGCCCUCUACUGGUAAAACGCACACUAUGUUGCAUUAUCCUCCUACAUUUAUUACCAAUGAACUGUGCUUCUACAUACACUGACAGCAUCUUCUAUAACCGGUCUAUUUAUUUAUGUUCAAAAAUAACUGUGCUCAACAUAUUGUUUAAUAAAGUUUGUUUUAUAAUAUUUGGCUUUUUUUUUUUUUUACUUAAGGUUCAAAGUGACAUCCGGCAAGGUGAGUUUGCAGCUCAUGUUAAAAAAAAAAAAAAAUAAAAAACAAUAGUCCAUACACAGUUUUAUUUAUUAUUUAUUUUUUUACCAUAUUGAAAGCAAAGCAACUUUCCUCUGUUGAGUGUUUUACUGUAAACAUGUUUCGAAGUGAUAUUCUUCAAAAAAAUAACCUAAUGGAUUUAUGAAUACAGAGUCUUUUCCAUCCAUCUUAAAAGCCCAUGCUUAUUGUUUUGGCUGUUGGUUGGAGAAGCGACCACUAUGUCCUGGCAACUGUAGCUUUGCAAUAUACUGCAGACUGAAAACAACAAAUAACUCACUAUUCCCCAUAUUUGUGCUUUUUAGAUGGACUAACAGGACUCAGAACUUUACAAAAAAUACAUUUUAUAAACCUGAAUUCUCGCUUUAGAUGGGAAACUGAAAACAAGCAGCAGUCACUUGCAACUGGAUAUAGGUAGCUAUAUAUUUCUUCAUAUAUUUCCAUGUACAUUUAUUUUGCUAUUUAGUCCAAUUGCAAGGCUUUUGUUAGUCAAGUGAACCCUGUGCAGGGUCAAGUACAUAGUAUGUUAGA